UCCCCAGUACUCCAGUUCACAGAACGCUAGAGAAGGGCGGCGUCUCUGCUGUCUGCUCCUCCGCUGUCUCAACUCCCAGCUUCCGUCGCAAGUUGAAGCCUUAGCACCCGACGGCGGCAGGCCCCGAUCCGAACCGACCGCGAUGGACUUCGCCCUCGUCGACGGCGAGUCCUUCUUGCCCUCAUGCUCCACGCUCGUCAUGCCCGCGCUUUCGAUCGGCAACGUGGGGCAGCUCGCCGUGGACCUGCUGAUACCGUCGUCAAAGGCGAGGCGCGUGGCUUACCUGGACGAGCCUUCAGCGCUGCCCUGCGCCGGCAACGAUGCCUUCGGCCCCGACGCCGUCGGCGACCUCGCGCUCGCGCUCGAAGAGUAUGAAUCUCCAUCUCAUGGGCUGGCUUUCAUUCAACAAAGAUCUCCGAUUAUCACAGGGAUGAUGGUUUCAUUUGCAAAUAAUAUUGCUAAUUUCAUCAGCAGCAUUGGAAAGGAACAUGUUGUUAUUCUUUCAAGUUUAGACUCUGGGAAGAGGAGAGUAAUUGAUGCAUCCAGUGAUAUGCUGUAUUACCUUUCAAGUUGCAAUGAGGAUGGUUCUGACCCAGAACACGAGAAGUUAGGAUGGAAGAAACUUGAGGAAUACGAUCCAUCUCAAAGACGGUGGAAAUAUCUCUCUAGUCUCAUCGAGGGUGGUGUUCUUUCAGAAGAUGUGGAUGAUGAUCCUGAAGAGAUGACAACAUGUGAUUACUAUGCGAGCUUGCCAUUUGCGGCUCUAUUCUUAGCCUGCAAGGCCAAAGGUUUGAAAGUUAGCUGUGUACUAUGCUACUGCUCAGAAGGGGACAAUAUGCCAGAAUCUUUCCACUUGGCAGAGGCACUAUGCAAACUUCAAGGCCAAGACCCUGAGCAAUUCCAUGGAAAUGGGCCAAAUGGAUGGACGAUUCCCUUGUCCUGGAGAUCAGUUUAUGGACCACCACCUGAUAUGUCUAUUUUCUAGGCUUAUCUAGCGAGGUAGCUAUCAUGGUCAAUUCUAUAUUUAGUACCGGCCUAUUGGGGAUGCUGAACUUCUAACGUGAGACUGUGUACCAGAAAGCUCGUUGAAGGUGAGUAGCAGGUACUUUAGUCAAGUGACAAACGUUUUCCACCAUUCCUUCUAGAACUCAAGGCAUCGUUAUACUUGAACCUGUAAUUCGGUGACUUUCUUAUUUAUGUAAUUGAUAGCUAUGACUUUAUGAAGUCAGAUCUUUGUCAUUUGAACCCAGACGCAGGUGUUGCACCUGCAAAUUUCCAUAUAGUUUCAGUAGUCUUGAUCUGAUUAUCGAAUUCCAAUCUCCAAUUUGUGGUGA